GGUCGAGUCGUAUAGCCCAGCUUCUCAAGUGCUCCUGGUCAAAAUGACGACCAAAGAUCUUCAACAAGCUUACAUGGGCAUCUUUAGCAUUCUCGUUAGAAAGUUGAGCAAAAUAAAUGAUAGGAAUGGCCAUAUGGUUCGGACGAGAUCGACCUUGCUGGAAACGCCUUCUCGAAAGAAGAGAGCCGACCAGGAAUUCUACCCAGAGAAUAGCCCCCCUGAAGGUCCACAUAACUGGCCACCAGCGAUAGUCGAGUCGGGCUAUUCAGAGUCAAGACCAAAACUUCAAGCCGAUGCCUGGUGGUGGUUAACUGCGUCGUAUGGGGAUGUCAAAACUGCCCUGACAGUUUCAGUGCACCGAGAAAAGAGAAAGAUAUCCAUUCAAAGGUGGGAACUGGACGACUGUAUGAGAGCGGAGCCAGCGAGAAAGAUUCCUCAUCUCGUACAACAUGUGGUAGUUUCGAAGCGAGCAGAUGCGACAGUCGACGUUGCAAAUGCGCCUCUCAUCCUACCGUUGGAGAAUCUUCUCCUUCGACCAGCGAAUGGAGACAUCCUUUUGACCGAGGAUGAUUUGAAGACUUGGGUUGAUAAAAUCUGGCUGGUACAGAAUUUGAGCUGAUAUAGAACUGUCAAACCUCAG